AUGCCCGGACAACAUAAAGCUGCCAUUCUUUCCCAGCAGGGCGGUCCCUUGUCUUUGGGCGAGCGUCCCACCCCCGAGCCUGGCCCAAACGAUGUUCUCAUCCAAGUCAAGGCCGUUGCCUUGAACCCCUGCGACCAUUCACAGCGUGACAAUAACAUUCCUCCGGUGCCUAUCUACCCGGCCAUCAUCGGAUGCGACACUGCUGGUUUAGUCGCCAAGCUGGGCUCGAAUGUCACUACGAUCCCUGGUCCAGGAAGCCGAGUGAUUGCCUUUGCCUCAUCAUUCUGCCAGAACGGCUCCCCUGACCAUGGAUCCUUCCAACAGUACACGUUGGCACCAUCCGAAGCUGUCAUCCCGCUUCCAGAGAAUCUCUCCUUUGAGGAGGGCGCGGUCUUCCCCCUGGCCGUCUUGACGGCCUUGACAGCCUGGACCACAAUCGGCAUCCCUCUCGACACCAGAUACAACCCCGCGGACAAACAAGCGGUCCUGAUCUGGGGCGCAUCGAGCAGUGUGGGCACGUUUGCCGUGCAAUCGGCCAAGACACUCGGCUUCACGAUCUACGCCACCGCCAGUCCCAAGCACCAUGACCUCGUCAAGAAACUCGGAGCCCAUGCGGUUUUCGAUUACCAAACAAGCGAUGUCGUCUCCCAGAUCGUCAGUGCCGUGAAGAAGGAUGGGGCCCAGCUGCACACUGCACACUGUGUUGUCGAUGGAGCUCUGCAGCCAACGCUGGACAUUCUCAAGGAGACCAAGGGCGAUACACAAGCCAAGGUUGUACACUCAGCUUUGCUUCCAGAAGGUCACCCUACCCUCGACAACACGCAGAUCACUUUCAACUUCCCAUCGAUGGACGAGACUGUGAGGAGCAAGCACAUGCACGAGGUCUUCAAUGGUUGGCUGAGGACUGGUCUGCAGUCCGGUGAAGUAAUCCCCAGCCCUUCUAUCCAGAUUGAGGGCGGCGGUUUGGGCGGAGUACACGCAGCACUGGACAAGCUCAAGGGUGGUGUCAGUGGCACGAAGAUUGUUGUGCCAAUCUAG